GACUACUGCUAGCUAGCUAGCUUCAGAGUGGACACACACAACGAGCUCUCCGGGUCCGGCGUCGUCCGUCCAGGAAGAAGAACAUUUAGAGAUGGGCCACGCGAGCGCAGCCCUCCCCGUGGUUGACCUCGCGUCCACGGACAUCAGCGCUGCCACCAAAUCCAUCCGGCAGGCGCUGGUGGAUUACGGCUUCUUCUACGUGAUCAACCACGGGAUCGACGACGCCCUGAUGAAGAGCGUCUACGCGGAGAGCAACAACUUCUUCCAGCAGCCAAUGGAGGAGAAGAUGGCGCUGCGCAAGAACAGCAGCCACAGAGGCUACAUUCCUCCCGAUUUUGAAGGCUUCGAGGCUGACGCUAGUGGCAAGGGGGACCUAUUGGAGUGUUUCCACAUUGGGUCUGGGGUAGACGGCGAAUCCAAGAAUGAUGUGAAUCAGUGGCCGCCUGCAGAACGCUUUCCAUCUUGGAAGAAGACAAUGAAGUCGUACUACGAAUGUGCAAUGGGAACUAGCAAAAGGAUAUUGUCCCUAAUUGCUUUGAGUUUAGACCUUGACGCUGAAUUCUUCAAGCCACAUGACUCCGAAACAAUUCUUCGACCAAUUCAUUACUCAGGUCGGGCAAUUGAAUCGAAACAUGGAAGUGAUCAUGGUGCAAACGCUCAUACGGAUUAUGGAAUGUUAACUCUUCUUUCAACAGAUGGCACCCCUGGCCUGCAGAUAUGCAGGGACAAGGAUGGCCGUCCCCAGCUCUGGGAAGAUGUUCAUCACAUUGAUGGAGCACUUGUUGUGAACAUUGGUGAUUUGCUAGAAAGGUGGACAAAUAAUGUUUAUAGGUCUACCCUGCAUCGUGUUUUGAUGGUUGGCAAGGAGCGGUAUUCAGUGAGUAUACUAACUAACUGCUAA